GCUUGGAGGGCAGAGGGUCUACCAUUGUCCACAUCCAGCAAUGAGGCCUGCAAAAUGUAUGAUGCUAUACUCACUCAGGUAGUCAUUUCAUUAGCGCUGUCUACACACACACACACACGUUUGUUUUACUAUCCUUGUGGGGACCAAACAAUUGAUUCCCAUUUUCCAUAACCCCAAACCUUUAAUACUAAACCUCUUACCCUAAUUGUAACCCAGUGGCGGUUGGUGACAUUUAGAUUAGGGAGGAUGGCCUUAUUUCUAUUACAGCAUAUUGGAUGACUCAUUCAUAUCCUAUUCACCCAGCUCAAUGUAACAAUCGAUAGGUUUAGGCUACUACAUGAUACUUGAAUUUGCCCUAUAACCAUCAUGAGGUAGCUACAACCUAGCCUACAAAUGAACGUUAAUAACGUAGGUGCAGAGGUUGAGACAAAUUGGAGUAAUCAAGGUGACAGACAGUGACACAUUCAAUACCGCCAGCAUCUAGCUGAUCAGGGGUGUAAUCAGUAGUCCAAACAGUUAAACUAAAAUGAGACUUUCUAUUGGACAAAUUCAGGCAGGUCCAUCCCUGUUCCAUUAGCUUCGGUUUAGGAAACGUUUUGCAACAGAAUCAGUGGAAUGAAAACAUCCCUGAUCACCCUCACACACAGAUAACUUCUGUAGCAGCCACAUACAGUGUCAUCACUUUGCUUCUUGUAUAAUUCCUUCUCGAAUCUAUGCGCUCUCCUCCUUUCACCUUUUCCCUUCGCUUGUCAACUUCAGUGCACGACACAACAGCUGUCUGUGACCAGGUGAAAAACUUCUCCAAGCCAAACCUUCAUACCAUAACUGCUAACGCUAACCACUACACAGCCUAUAUCACAGCCUCGUCCAUGUGCUCUCUGCUGCUGCUGCUUCUCAAUUUUUGAAGAAAUGAAUUUAACUGUUCAACUAUUGUCUUUCUCUCUCUUUGAGUCAACAACUCACCACACGUUAUGGAUAAGAGCGUCUGCUAAAUGACUAAAAUGUAAAAAGGAUAACUUUUUUAAAUGUUUCACUUAAAAAAUUUCUGAAAUUCACUGAGUAGGAUGGUCCUCCCUUUCCUCCUCUGAGGAGCCUCCACUGUUGCAACCCUAAAUCUAACCCCAUAGCCUAAAAUAGCCUUUAUCCUUGUGGGAAAAAAACACACUCACAAAAUGGUAAUUAUGUAUAAUUGCUGACAUAAACCUAACAACUUACCGGAGAGAGAGAAAUAUGUUCUUUUUUAUGAUCUGAACACAUUCUGUUUAUUUUUUGGGUGUGGUUAUCUUAAACCCCAGUAUGUAACCUGGCGCAAUGAUGAGACCCUUGGAGGAAUCGAGGGAUGCAUCUCUGCAGUCAAGUCGGCUGACCCGGACUUUGGUAUGUAAGAACAUAAAACAUAAAAAGAUAGCAUUGUGUGGGUGUUAAACCCUUAGUAGGCCUGCACAGAAUCAUAUUCAGCCCAUAAAGAUACGUUAUUAACAAGCAUUGGAAAGAGGUUACUGGAGCAUUGUUAAGGCUAUAGCAAUGACACUCAGUAGGCUACAUUCAGGACUUCAGUCUAAAUACAGUACAAAAUGGUAACAUUGAGGAUUAGGCUAACAUUUGAGUGUAGUACAGUGCUGUGAACUUCCCAGUCUGAAAUCAACCCUUGCCUUAUGUCAAGACACUUCUCAUAGAUCUGAACGGAGCAGAUGGGUGUAACCAAUCUGGUGGAAAUUCUACCUACCUAGCCUUUCAGAUGACGAGGUGGAGCCAUGGCCAUAUUAUUUUACAUCCAUACAAUUCUUUCAGAUCAUUGAGAAGUGUCUAGGAUUGGAGCUAUGAGGUUGAAUUCCAACUAUCCGAUGUUAACUCUGAGGGUCUACAUUUAUCACUACUAGCUUUUGAGAGAAUAGUGAAUGAGUAUCUAGGGGUAGAGGCUAGGGGUUGAGUAGGCCUUCAAACUUAUCAAAAGUGUCCCUGUGCCCUGUAGUGAUGGGUCAUGUGAUAAGCACGGGGCUGGAGCUGGUGGGGACGGGGAGUUCGGUGCGUCUGAAUGAGCGCCUGGCCAGCGCGGUGAAGAGGACCGUAGAGCUCAGCCAGAUCCAGCAGGACAUUACCACCAGGGAGAGGCUGCAUGUCAGGGCCAUGGAGCACUUCUCCAAGGGGUGAGAACCAGGGAACCACUGGAGAUCUGAGAGAGAUCUGGGCCCGUAUCCACAAAACAUCUCAGAAAACGUCCUAGGACUCCUGGUAACCUGUUUUUAAGACCAAAAAAUAAACUCCCAGCUAAGAGUAGGUUUUAGGAUGAUUGUAGGACUGCCCAGACAAACUCUGAGCCAGGAGUAAAAUCAACUCAUAAAAGUUUCUCAGCUGGUAAUCACGACAGUUUGAGUUACCGCAAAGGAAAGAUGGUGAUGACACUCUUUGACAUUGUUGCAAAUGAUGGGGAAUAACCAAUCGCAGUAAGGCAUCACCAUCUGUGAACUCUAUAGGUAACGGGCUUCAGACAACCACGGUGAAUGUGACUGUACAUCAAAUGUUGCAAUGGUAAAAAGUUUGUUCUAAUUUUCACCUGAUACGAUCACUUUACCUACUCUUAAUUAUUGCCUAAUAUGUUGGCAUGCAUUACCAAUUCGGAUGGUUGUUAAAAGCAGAAUUUGGACAAUAUUACCAUUAUGUCAACACACUUGUCACUCCUGUUUAACAACUCCGAAUCGCUUUGGUACAGUAGGGGUGUAUUCAUUACAUAAACCGUUUACCAUUUAAGAACCAAACAGAAGCAAACGGAAAGAAGCGGGGAGGGCCCUACCUGAGUUUGUCCAAUAGAAACUCGCGUUUGCGUUUUCCAUUUGUAGUGACCGGUUUCUGAUGCAAAACGUUUUGCAACAGAAUUGGCAUAAUGAUUACACUCUAGGCAUCAAGUCACUUGCCGAUAAUGUUGCAUACAACGUUGCAUACAAAGUUAACAUAAGCCCUAGAUGCCUUCAAUUGGCCAAUUUAUAGGCAUGCCCAAUUUAUAAAUUUUUUAACAAUGUGAUGUUGUGUUCCAAAAGGAUAACUUGAAAUAACAUGAUGUAGGUAAUUAAAUAAUAAAAAAUAAAAACAUGUUUAUUUAUUAGCCUAGUUGUUAUAAGUAUUCAAGCAUAUAUAAUUGUGAAAUAGACCUUGUGAAAUCAUUGUCAAAAACGCAAGAGAUACUGUUACAUGUAGGUCUAGAUUACUUAUGGAUUGAUCAUAUAGAAGUAUCAAAACAUUUUAACAACUCCAAAGCAAUUGCAUGUGGCGCAGGAACCACUGACUCACUGGAUUUUUCUAUUAUCAAGACACCUGCUAGUAACUUAACUGAUUAGGACAGCUCAUGUGGUCUCUUAAAUAUGUAGACUAGGUGGGAAUCUUAUGACUAAAGAGGCUUCAUGCAUAGCUUUUAUUUUUACCCAUAAGAGUAGGGCAUUUUCUACUCUUGAGACGGUUUGUGGAUACAGGCCCUGAUUUACUUUGUUGAUCCCAGGGGACAAUAGAAGUGUCAUAGCACUGAAUUGAGGUCCAAAUCUUGGACAGCAGAAGAGAUUCCACAAGCGUAAACAAAACACAUCUGUUUGGCUCGUCUUGAGUAAUAGCAUUGGAACCGGGUCAAAGGAAAUCCCUGGAGGAUUGAGGUCACCCAGCAAAACAGACCAUUCAUACACCAGUACCUUUGUUUUUACCACGGGACUCAGCCUUAUGACUACGCCACAUGCUUCUAAAAACAGUUCCUUCCUUAAAAAGUCAACACAUCUAGGCAAUAGAGUUAUAAUAUUAGUGUCCAAGAGCACAAUUAUGUAGCACAACUCCAAUCUAAAACCAAGGUAACAUUUCUCAUUUAAUCUAAUGUUGGUUUGUUUUCAUUGCGUUCCUGGGGUUUUAAUCUGACUUGAGACAAUAGAGAAUAACUACUGGCUGUCCCCUGUAGGAGUUUCCCUAAGGCGUGUGACGUGUGGGAGGAGAUCCUGGUGGAACAUCCUACUGACCUGCUCGCCCUGAAAUUUGCCCACGACGGCUUCUUCUACCUGGGGGCCCAGACCCAGAUGAGAGACUCUGUGGCCCGGGUGCUGCCUCACUGGAAGCCCCACAUGCCUCUCUAUAGGUAGGGUUUACACAAUUGCACGUGGGUCUUCUUUGUACUCUGAGGAUAUGCUAUUGUUAACUGUACCAAGGGUAUCUUAUCUGAUUACCCUUGUCGGGGCAUUGUGAUAGGUUCAUGGCAUUUACUGAAGAAAAAUGUCACGCAACUUGUAAAGUGUUGGUCCCAUGUUUCAUGAGCUGAAAUAAAAGAUCCCAGAAAUGUUUCAUAUGCACAAAAAGCUUAUUUAUCUCAGAUUGUGUGCCCAAAUUUAUUUCCAUCCCUGUUAAUGAGCAUUUCUCCUUUGCCAAGAUAAUCCAUCCACCUGACAGGUGUGGCAUAUCAAGAAGCUGAUGAAACUGUGGCUUUGCACAACCGAAUAAUUUCUGCACACACUGUCAGAAACCGUCUCAGGGAACAUCUGUGUGCUCGUCGUCCUCACCAGGUUGUUGACCUGACUGCAGUUCGGCGUCGUAACCGACUUCAGUGGGUAAAUGUUCAACUUCGAUGGCCACUGGCACGCUGGAGAAGUGUGCUCUUCACGGAUGAAUCCCGGUUUCAACUGUACCGGGCAGAUGACAGACAGCGUGUAUGGCGUCGUGUGGGCGAGCGGUUUGCUGAUGUCAACGUUGUGAACAGAGUGCCCCAUGGUGGCGGUGGGGUUAUGGUAUCGGCAGGCAUAAGCUAUGGACAAUGAACGCAAUUGCAUUUUUAUCGAUGGCAAUUUGAAUGCACAGAGAUACCGUGACGAGAUCCUGAGGCCCAUUGUCGUGCCAUUCACCCGCCGCCAUCACCUCAUGUUUCAGCAUGAUAAUGCACGGUCCCAUGACGCAAGGAUCUAUACAUAAUUCCUGGAAGCUGGAAUUGUCCCAGUUCUUCCAUGGCCUGCAAACUCACCAGACAUGUCACCCAUUGAGCAUGUUUGGGAUGCUCUAGGUCGACAUGUACGAUAGCGUGUUCCACUUUCCACCAAUAUCCAGCAACUUCGCAAAGCCUUUGAAGAGGAGUGGGACAACAUUCCACAGGCCAUAAUCACCAGCCUGAUCAACUCUAUGCGAAGGGGAUGUCAUGCUGCAUGAGGCAGCGCGACAUGGAGCGUGAACAUUUCUGAUCCACACCCCUAGCUUUUUUAAAGGUAUCUGUGACCAACAGAUGCAUAUCUAUAUUCCCAUUCAUGUGAAAUCCAUAGAUUAGGGCCUAAUUUAUUUAUUUAUUUAAAUAGACUGAUUUCCUUAUGAACUGUAACUCAGUAAAUUCUUAGAAAUUGUUGCAUGUUGCGUUUUAUAUUUUUGUUCAGUGUACUUUAGACUUGAGACUCAAGGUUUCAGUCGGAUAUAGCCUUCUUGGUAAUACCGUAUUUUUCAUAUUAUGUGAACUCUUGAGGGCCAUUCUAGUGAAAUAACUCCUUAAGGCUUGUAGUAGUCCGUCAGAGGCUCCGUCUCAGCUACAUAGUAAUUGCCUCUGUAUAUUAGUGCUUAUGGUGAUCAACAAUCGCCACUGGCAGUCAGACCAUGAAAAGAGUCCCAACAGUUGAUUCAAAUCGAAUAAUUCCAUCGAUUAUUCUAAAACAAGUUGAUGGCUAUUUAUAAUAACAAGGUGUUUAUAAUUCAUCCUUAAAUGCACUACACAGAAAAUAAUGAACUAGCUAGCUAGCCUCGGGUCUGGUAUUGCUAUAGCACUGCUUUUAUUCUUGUACUUUUGCCUGCAGCUACCUAAAAGGCUUAUAUUCCUUUGGACUUCUGGAGACUCAUUUUUAUGACCAGGCUGAGAAAAUGGCUAAAGAGGUAAGAUGUUCCUCGCAGUGUCAAUUUGCCAUGGAAAUGAUUCAUUCUGUCAUCAUAAAAUGGUCUCUGCUGGUUAAAUUGCCAUCAAGGUUGGACAAUCAAACCACAUUCAGAAGACAUCUAUUAUUGUGCAGAAGUUUCAUUGGCAUAGGCAAUCAACUCUGCUGGACUGGACUGACCAAUGUGCUACCAUCAGAGGUAAUUGGCAUAGACAUGGUCCAGUGAAAGUCCUUCUCCUCUAACCUCUGCCCUCCAGGGCCUGGCUCUGACCCCGGAGGAUGCCUGGUGUGUCCACUCUGUAGCCCACGUCCACGAGAUGAAGGCAGAGGUGGAAAAGGGCCUCAAGUUCAUGGAGAGCACAGAGAAAGACUGGGCGGUGGGUUGUCAUCACGAGUCCCUCUGCAGCAUGUCAUUCAACACCUCAAUAUGGCCUGGUACCAGAUCGGUUUGUGCUGUUUUGCCAACUCCUAUGGUCAUUGUCACGCCAAUGCAUACAGCUCUGGGACCAGGCUUCAACUAUCUGUGUAAAUAGGUAAUGAAUUAGAUGUUUUCAUUUGCAGGGAUGUGACAUGCUAGCCUGUCAUAACUACUGGCAUUGGGCCCUAUACUUCAUCGAGAAGGUACAUAUUGAUGAGCUGCUCCAGUCAAGUGCACUGUUUUCAGGCAGAAGGACUGUUGGGAUACAAUUUAUAUUUGUUGUACCUUCCUGUGGGUUCUCUGAAGUGUAAAGUUGAUUACAGUAGGACAUUACAUUUGUAUUAGUGUGCAUUAUCUGUAUAAUUAACUUUGACUCAUGCUUGUUUUUCAAUUUUUGGGAUUUAUUUGUGUUUUCUCCCUCGCAGGGAGAGUAUGAUGCAGCUCUGAACAUAUUCGACAGCCAGGUUAGUGCUCUCAAUAAGUUUUCAUCAAGACUAAUUUGGCCUCGCAGACGGUGUGCCAGAGGCCGUCCAAGAAUCCUACCGUAGCAGCACUUAUGGGAGCAGCGUAAAAGCAAUAUGGUGUGGUAAUGUUGUACUGCUGAGUGCUGCAGACUGGUGGUGUGUCAGUCAGGUCUAAAGUCAAUAAUAGAAGUUCAAUCUGUUUUCGUUCAAAAAUAAUGAACAAAUCAGGGCCGUAACUAGGGUUGGCGUUUUAUUGAGGUCUGAAAGUCCCCGCAGCAAUGCUCCAACAUCUAUUGGAAAGCCUUCACAGAAGAGUGGAGGCUGAUAUUGCAGCAAAGGGGAGACUAACUACAUAUUAAUGCCCAUGAUUUUGGAAUGAGAUGUUUGACGAGCAGGUGUCCACAUACUUCUGGUUCAGUGUGUAUGUAUGUAUGUAUAUAUAUGUACAGUUGAAGUCGGAAGUUUACAUACACUUAGGUUGGAGUCAUUAAAACUCAUUUUUCAACCACUCCACACAUUUCUUGUUAACAAACUAUAGUUUUGGCAAGUCGGUUAGGACAUCUACUUAGUGCAUGACACAAGUCAUUUUUCCAACAAUUGUUUACAGACAGAUUAUUUCACUUAUAAUUCACUGUAUCACAAUUCCAGUGUGUCAGAAGUUUACAUACACUAAGUUGACUGUGCCUUAAACAGCUUGGAAAUUUCCAGAAAAUGAUGUCAUGGCUUUAGAAGCUUCUGAUAGGCUAAUUGACAUAAUUUGAGUCAAUUGGAGGUGUACAUGUGGAUGUAUUUCAAGGCCUACCUUCAAACUCAGUGCCUCUUUGCUUGACCUCAUCAGAAAAUACAUUGUAGACCUCCACAAGUUUGGUCCAUCCUUGGGAGCAAUUUCCAAAUGCCUGAAGGUACCACGUUCAUCUGUACAAACAAUAGUACGCAAGUAUAAACACCAUGGGACCACGCAGACGUCAUACCGCUCAGGAAGGAGACGCGUUCUGUCUCCUAGAGAUGAACGUACUUUGGUGCGAAAAGUGCAAAUCAAUCCCAGAACAACAGCAAAGGACCUUAUGAUGAUGCUGGAGGAAACAGGUACAAAAUUAUCUAUAUCCACAGUAAAACGAGUCCUAUAUCGACGUAACCUGAAAGGCCGCUCAGCAAGGAAGAAGCCACUGCUCCAAGACCGCCAUAAAAAAGCCAGACUACGGUUUGCAACUGCACAUGGGGACUAAGAUCGUACAUUUUGGAGAAAUAUCCUCUGGUCUGAUGAAACAAAAAUAGAACUGUUUGGCCAUAAUGACCAUCGUUAUGUUUGGAGGAAAAAGGGGGUGCUUGCAAGCUGAAGAACACCAUCCCAACCGUGAAGCACGGGGGUGGCAGCAUCAUGCUGUGGGGGUGCUUUGCUGCAGGAGGGACUGGUGCACUUCACAAAAUAGAUGGCAUCAUGAGGAAGGACAAUUAUGUGGAUAUAUUGAAGCAACAUCUCAAGUUAAAGCUUGGUCGCUAAUGGGUCUUCCAAAUGGACAAUGACCCCAAGCAUCCUUCCAAAGUUGUGGCAAAAUGGCUUAAGGACAACAAAGUCAAGGUAUUGGAGUGGCCAUCACAAAGCCCUGACCUCAAUCCUAUAGAAAAUAUGUGGGCAGAACUGAAAAAGCGUGUGCGAGCAAGGAGGCCUACAAACCCGACUCAGUUACACCAGCUCUGUCAGGAGGAAUGGGCCAAAAUUCUCCCAACUUAUUGUUGGAAGCUUGUGGAAGGCUACCCGAAACAUUUGACCCAAGUUAAACAAUUUAAAGGCAAUGCUACUGAAUACUAAUUGAGUGUAUGUAAACUUCUGACCCACUGGGAAUGUGAUGAAAUAAAUAAAGGCUGAAAUAAAUCAUUCUCUCUACUAUUACUCUGACAUUUCACAUUCUUAAAAUAAAAAAAUAAAGUGGUGAUCCUAACUGACCUAAGACAGGGAAUUUUUACUAGGAUUAAAUGUCAGGAAUUGUGAAAAACAGAGUUUAAAUGUAUUUGGCUAAGGUGUAUGUUAACUUCCGACUUCAACUGUAUAUGUAUACAGUACCAGUCAAAAGUUUGGACACACCUACUCAUUCAAGGGUUUUUCUUUAUUUUCACUAUUUUCUACAUUGUAGAAUAAUAGUGAAGACAUCAAAACUAUGAAAUAACACACAUGGAAUCAUGUGGUAACCAAAAAAGUGUUAAACAAAUCGAAAUAUUUUUUAUAUUUGAGAUUCUUCAAUGUAGCCACCCUUUGCCUUGAUGACAGCUUUGCACACUCUUGGCAUUCUCUCAACCAGCUUCAUGAGGUAGUCACUUGGAAUGCAUUUCAAUUAACAGGUGUGCCUUGUUAAAAGUUAAUUUGUGGAAUUUCUUUCCUUAAUGCAUUUGAGCCAAUCAGUUGUGUUGAGACAAGGUAGGGGGGUAUACAGAAGAUAGCGCUAUUUGGUAAAAGACCAAGUCCAUAUUAUGGCAAGAAUAGCUCAAAUAAGCAAAGAGAAACGACAGUCCAUCAUUACUUUAAGACAUGAAGGUCAGUCAAUCCGGAACAUUUCAAGAACUUUGAAAGUUUCUUCAAGUGCAGUCGCUAAAAACCAUCAAGCGCUAUGAUGAAACUGGCUGUCAUGAGGAGCGCCACAGGAAUGGAAGACCCAGAGUUACCUCUGCUGCAGAGGAUAAGUUCAUUAGCGUUACCAGCCUCAGAAAUUGCAGCCCAAAUAAAUGCUUCACAGAGUUCAAGUCACAGACACAUCUCAACAUCAAACGCAUUAAGAAGGAAAGAAAUUCCACAAAUUCACUUUUAACAAGGAACAUCUGUUAAUUGAAAUGCAUUCCAGGUGACUACCUCAUGAAGCUGGUUGAGAGAAUGCCAAGCUGUCAUCAAGGCAAAGGGUGGCUACUUUGAAGAAUCUCAAAUAUAAAAUAUUUGGCUCUGUCGUAGCCGGCCGCGACCGGGAGAUCAUGGGGCGGCGCACAGUUGGCCCAACGUCGUCCAGGGUAGGGGAGGGAAUGGCCGGCAGGGAUGUAGCUCAGUUGGUAGAGCAUGGCGUUUGCAACGCCAGGGUUGUGGGUUCAAUUCCCACAGGGGGCCAGUAUGAAAAAAAAAUUUUAAUAAUACAAAAAAAUAAUGUAUGCACUCACUAACUGUAAGUCGCUCUGGAUAAGAGCGUCUGCUAAAUGACUUAAAUGUACAUUUGUUUAACACUUUUUUGGUUACUACAUGAGUCCAUGUGUUAUUUCAUAGUUUUGAUGUCUUCACUUUUGUGUAGAAAAUAGUAAAAAUAAAGAAAAACCCUGGAAUGAGUAGGUGUGUCCAAACUUUUGAUUGGUAGUGUGUAUAUAUACUUUUUUAGUGUUGUACAUUUUUGUAGAACAUAUUUGAGGUCCGAACCUCGGUGUCCUCGUGUAUGUAGUUACGGCCCUGGAAAAUAUGAAAACUAAAGCUACAUGGUGUCUCUGGAAUAUAUGCUGUCAUUUUAUAAUAUGCAAUACAGCAGUCAAAUCUGCCCUUUAUUAUUUUAUUGGUACAUUGGGAAUGGAUAGAAAACUACUGUAUAAAUUCCAGAAAGUAAAGCAAAUAUGAGCAAAUUGAUAUUCCCUUGUUGGAGAGGCGUUUUAAGUCACCCAUACGGCUGCAGUCUGUGUACUGAACAGAAGUGACUGUUUCCCCUCAGGUGUCUCGGCGCGGUAGGGCUUCAGGGGCCAUGUUGGACACUGUGGACGCCUGCUCUCUACUCUACAGGCUGGAGAUGGAGGGUUAGAUGCUCUUACUACUCUAGUCUUACUGUUACACUCAGCUGACUGUGUGUGUGUGUCUUAUCUAUAGGCCUGUCUUCAAUGUUUCUGUUUGUGUGUCUUGAUUUACUUUAUUCCUGUGUGUCAGGUGUGUGUGUGAAAGACCGCUGGCGGGAGCUGCAGCAGCUCACAGAGCCCCACACUGACGACCAUGUGCUGUUGUUCAACGACCUCCACUUCCUCAUGUCGUCGCUGGGAGCCAAGGAGUCCGGGGGAGCGGCCCAGUCCCAGCGCCUGCUGGAGGGCCUCCGGGAGCGGGCCAAGUGAGCACCACACCACCGCUACCACCGCUGGCUUAUGAAACUCCCACACAGCCCCCUUACAUAACACAUGAGGAGAAAAUGAGUGGGAGUAUGGCAGGGACUGGGGGGGGGGAGCGAGAGAGGGAGAAGCCUCAGAGUGGAGAGGGAGAGCAGGGCCGAUCCCACAGGUGGUGGUGUUUACGUGUGUGGCUGUAAUGUGUUCUGACACCCCUGACCACAGGCUCUAUACACUAUGUUCCUCAGCGAACCACCCCUUCUGUGAAAAAAAUCCAAUCCUGGGCAGAUGUCAUGUUUCUGAAUGUUACGUAACAAGAAAAUGUAGCGUGGAGGCUGCCAAGGCACCUUUGGGCCAAUGCAGCUUUUUGAGAGGGGAAAAAAUCAAUUCCCAAAGUGAGGAGUGGAAAACUCAACUCCAUUAUGCUGGCCGACUGGGCUCUUACAGAUGUAUGAGCUUUUGGUAAAUUGAUUUUGUUCACUUAAUGCUUUCUGCUAUGACAAUUUUCUUCUGGAAAAUCAAACAAUUCUAAGUAGCCAAUGUCACCAGUUGAGUGGAUGGUAGCAAAUAGACUUGUUCUUUACGUGCCUCAAACUUAGCAAUAGUGGUUCUUAAAUUAAUGUUGAUCCAUAGAGUUGACUGUAGUAAUCCUUUGUAUCUCAUUUGGUGUUUCUUGCGUUGUUUGGUGAGCUCUCCCACCAGCCACACACACCAUUACGUUCAAACACCAUGUGUCUUUAUAGAUCACCUGAUGUUUACCACCACCAUUUGUCUGCCCCUAGUGGUCGGGAGUAUAAUUCUCAGAAUAAUACCAAAAUAUAAGUUGCACCCAAAUUGGCUCCAACACUUUCCUUAGACCAUAACAUAUAGAGUAGGCUACCCAUAGAAAUAGAAUGUCUCAAUAAUUAUACUUGUCGUUUAUUUAAUUUUGAGGCAUCCUUUGUUUCCGUGUUUGUGAACAGUGAUGCAUGCAUAGUUAGAAAACAUUUGUCACUCCACAAUGAUACCAAAAACAAUAACAAAAAAAUACAUUGUGGACCACUCAAAUUGAGUUUUGAGACACCUAAAAACAAUCAUAGUCAAACAUGGUACAGACGUCAUCUAUAAUGCAUUACAUCAUCUAUACACGUAUGCAUAAACAAAGCAAAGUACAGUGGAUGAAAGGACAAAUAGGACACUUAUAAAAUAAACAUCUCCGUUGGAGGAUAAGGUGGCAGGCUUUGGCGCAGGCAUUUACAUUAUUGUUACCAAAUAACAUUUCACAAUCUAUUUUCAUCAAUACCGUUAAAAUGUUCAUUUUAUGCUGGACAGCUGACAAAGAGCAUCCCUAAUUUCGUUGUAUAACCCACAGUAAAGCAAGGUAUGAGCUUCAGUUUCAAUGGAAUCAUCAUUACAAAAACUACAUACACAUUUAAAAGGUAGGGCACCCGUGGCUUUACACUGUAAUGAUGGCACCAAGGGCACGACUCACAUGGUUAGCUUCGUACUUAACAGACACAUUGUAAUUCAAAAAUGUAUUACUUGUACUCACUGACAUCUCAUAUGGCAGGACCACAGGAGAAAAUGAAAGGUGUUCUAGGCAUUGUAUAGUUCCUAUAGUGUACUACCUUACUUUUGUCUACCUUGAUAUUCAGGUUCCAUUGUUCACACCAAUAUUUAACAUUUCUUGAAGCUCAUCUUCAGUUUCAGAGAUCAAUACAAUGUUAUCUGCAUAUAAAAGAACAGACACUUGUUCAUUGUUUAGACAGACACCCUUUUCUAGGGCUUUGAUGGCCAGAGUGAGAUCAUUAAUAUAUAUUGAGAACAGAAUAGGUGAUAAAAUGCUACCCUGUUUCACACCAGUGUCUAGGAAUCAUAUUGGAAUGCAUAGUCUAGACUAGAGAUUUUAUGAAACUAACUCUGUCUGGUGUGAUGUAUUGUCGUUUUAGAGUUUCACAUUUUUCUCUCUUCUGCAUUCACAUGCAGUAAUGCCCUACAGUAUCCGUUAUCAAAUGUUAAUCCUACAACGUUUUGUAAAUCCAUUUUACCUUUAGUCUGGCUGUGUAAUGAUGAAACCCUAACGUUUAUGGCCAUGAACUGUAUCUGACAGUACAGAAUAAAUCUCAGACCUAAUCUUUAUAAUUCCAAUAUGAUUCCUGGUCCUGUUUGGCUCAGAGAGUAAGAGCAUGAUGCUAGUAACACCACGGUUGUUGGUUCCAUUUCUGCAGGGAUCACAUACCGUUCAGUGAGAGCGUACAUUUUUUGUAAGUUUGCAUAGGGCUUUUGACAACUCCAUUGUCUUCGAUCUUCUCCUGCUGUGUGUCCAGUGUUCCAGAGGAGAACUACCAGCACCAGCUGGCUGGCAGCGUGGGGCUGCCCAUGUGUCAGGCCCUGCUGGAGUACGACCAAGGCAACUACAGCCGCGCCGUGGAGCUCCUGCAGCCCAUACGUUACCGCAUGAUGGAGAUAGGAGGCAGUGAUGCGCAGGUGAGCCCCAUUUGUGAACAAUCAGGGGGGGGGGUUUCAGGAGCUCUAUGGGCUUUGAAGCCUAUGCCUGGACUAAAAGGUAUGUUCAAUGGGGAAUGUCUUUCAAAAGUGCUUUUUAGGCCAGGAAUAGUUAUAAUCUAUGUCAGAGAAAAGGACCUUUGAUAUACACUCACUGAGGCAUUCAGGCUAUAGCAGUCUGUGUUUCUCUAAUAGGCCUUUAGGGAUGGGAAUGUAAAGUGUAAUAGAAUGUAAAGCACAGUGCAAUGAGUGAUUAAAUAAUUUUACCCUGUGUUAAUUUAACCACAAUGCAAUCGUCCAUAGGCAAACAAUCCCUAUGUAGGUACGACCAUAGAAAUAAGAAUGAAUAGAACAGGCUUGGAAACUCUGACCCUGGCAAUAUACUGGUAAACUCAUGGGUACACUCACAAUGGCUGCCUGGUAUUGUGAUGCAAUAAUUUUGGAAUGUUCUAUCAACUGAUGCUGGAUUGACAUGGUAAUGUAGAAUGUUCAUUCAAAUUAUCCUAACUGAUAUGGCUCAUGCAAUGGAAUGUAUUUUUUUUUAUUUGAGUUGACUCAACAAAUCACAGCACAGAUUGACGGGUACACUUCCUUUAAAAACUUUUUUUUUUGUCAUUUUAGCAGACGCUCUUAUCCAGAGCGACUUACAGUUAUUGAGUGCCUACAUCUUUUUUUUUUUUGUCUUCUUGUUUUUUCAUACUGGCCCCCUGUGGGAAACGAACCCACAACCCUGGCGUUGCAAACGCCAUGCUCUACCAACUGAGCUACAUCCCUGCCAGCCAUUCCCUCCCCUACCCUGGACGACACUGUGCCAAUUGUGCGCCGCCCCAUGGGUCUCCCGGUCGCGGGCGGCUAUGACAGAGCCUGGAUUCGAACCAGGAUCUCUAGUGGCACAGUGGCAUGGUUACACUCAAAAUGGCUGCCAGUCCACACAUAAUGCCAUCAUUGACUUGAAUGGAGAUUCCCUUUCUAUUCAUUCUUAUUUCUAUGGGUACAACAGCAGGGUCGUAUUCACUUGGCAAGAAACUGAAGAAAACGGGCCGAAACGGGCAGGUGCUACCCGAACUUGUCCAAUAAGAUGUUUUUUUUCUGUUUCCGAUGCACAAUGUUUUGAAACGGUGUGCCCUAAUGAAUACGAUCCAGAGGAGUAGUCUGUGGUAAAAACAUCUAUUGUGUCUUGUGUGUACUGUAAUUGCCUUGUUUGUUCCCAUUUCUCAGAGAGAUGUCUUUAAUCUGGUGCUGAUUCACGCAGCCAUGAAGUCAGGAGAGACACAUCACCAGAAAUUAGCCAGGUAAAAUACCUUGAUGAGCUGCCUCCAAUUGAAAGGCUUUUUGCUCUAAUUUGCUAUGUUAUUAGCCCUGUGGUAAUUUCAAUACUGUGUCACUGUGAUUGGACAUUGACAUAGAUGCCAAGCAUGUUCCUUUCUCAAAAUAGACAUUGAUGAGAAAAAAAGUGUUAGGUUCUGAACAGAGUUAAAAACUCAAGCGCACAACUAGUAAAAGCUCAAACCAAGUUUAUUCAACCCACUGGGUGCCUCAGCUGCAAUCACACUUUGCACGUUAUCAAACAACCAUUUAUAUGUCAAGACGAGAUUAGGGGUGUAACUUCUCAGAACUGCUAUGUGUUGCCCAAUACUGCCUAGCUGUUGUCUUCGUGGUUGAGCAGUCUAGUAGCAGCUCCUCUUCAUCCGGUCACUUCUCCAUGAUGUUUACAAGUCACGUUCUGUUCACCUUACUCAACAGACCUUACUCAACAGACCACGUUCUGUUCCCCUUUUCUCUCAUAGUAACUUUCCAUACACAACGUUCCUAUUCACCCAUCAAAUCAAAUCUUAUUUGUCACAUACACGUGUUUAGCAGAUGUUAUUGCGGGUGUAGCGAAAUGCUUGUCCUUCUAGCGCCGACAGUGCAGUAAUAUCUAACAAUUUCACAACAUAUACCCAAUACACACAAAUCUAAUAAGGAAUGGAAUUAAGAAUAUAUACAGUGGGGGGGGAAAAGUAUUUAGUCAGCCACCAAUUGUGCAAGUUCUCCCACUUAAAAAGAUGAGAGAGGCCUGUAAUUUUCAUCAUAGGUACACGUCAACUAUGACAGACAAAAUGAGGGAAAAAAAAUCCAGAAAAUCACAUUGUAGGAUUUUUAAUGAAUUUAUUUGCAAAUUAUGGUGGAAAAUAAGUAUUUGGUCAAUAACAAAAGUUUCUCAAUACUUUGUUAUAUACCCGUUGUUGGCAAUGACACAGGUCAAACGUUUUCUGUAAGUCUUCACAAGGUUUUCACACACUGUUGCUGGUAUUUUGGCCCAUUCCUCCAUGCAGAUCUCCUCUAGAGCAGUGAUGUUUUGGGGCUGUCGCUGGGCAUCACGGACUUUCAACUCCCUCCAAAGAUUUUCUAUGGGGUUGAGAUCUGGAGACUGGCUAGGCCACUCCAGGACCUUGAAAUGCUUCUUACGAAGCCACUCCUUCGUUGCCCGGGCGGUGUGUUUGGGAUCAUUGUCAUGCUGAAAGACCCAGCCACGUUUCAUCUUCAAUGCCCUUGCUGAUGGAAGGAGGUUUUCAAUCAAAAUCUCACGAUACAUGGCCCCAUUCAUUCUUUCCUUUACACGGAUCAGUCGUCCUGGUCCCUUUGCAGAAAAACAGCCCCAAAGCAUGAUGUUUCCACCCCCAUGCUUCACAGUAGGUAUGGUGUUCUUUGGAUGCAACUCAGCAUUCUUUGUCCUCCAAACACGACGAGUUGAGUUUUUACCAAAAAGUUCUAUUUUGGUUUCAUCUGACCAUAUGACAUUCUCCCAAUCCUCUUCUGGAUCAUCCAAAUGCACUCUAGCAAACUUCAGACGGCCCUGGACAUGUACUGGCUUAAGCAGGGGGACACGUCUGGCACUGCAGGAUUUGAGUCCCUGGCGGCGUAGUGUGUUACUGAUGGUAGGCUUUGUUACUUUGGUCCCAGCUCUCUGCAGGUCAUUCACUAGGUCCCCCCGUGUGGUUCUGGGAUUUUUGCUCACCGUUCUUGUGAUCAUUUUGACCCCACGGGGUGAGAUCUUGCGUGGAGCCCCAGAUCGAGGGAGAUUAUCAGUGGUCUUGUAUGUCUUUCAUUUCCUAAUAAUUGCUCCCACAGUUGAUUUCUUCAAACCAAGCUGCUUACCUAUUGCAGAUUCAGUCUUCCCAGCCUGGUGCAGGUCUACAAUUUUGUUUCUGGUGUCCUUUGACAGCUCUUUGGUCUCGGCCAUAGUGGAGUUUGGAGUGUGACUGUUUGAGGUUGUGGACAGGUGUCUUUUAUACUGAUAACAAGUUCAAACAGGUGCCAUUAAUACAGGUAAUGAGUGGAGGACAGAGGAGCCUCUUAAAGAAGAAGUUACAGGUCUGUGAGAGCCAGAAAUCUUGCUUGUUUGUAGGUGACCAAAUACUUAUUUUCCACCAUAAUUUGCAAAUAAAUUAAUUAAAAAUCCUACAAUGUGAUUUUCUGGAGAGAAAAAAAUCUAAAUUUGUCUGUCAUAGUUGACGUGUACCUAUGAUGAAAAUUACAGGCCUCUCUCAUCUUUUUAAGUGGGAGAACUUGCACAAUUGGUGGCUGACUAAAUACUUUUUUUCCCCACUGUACAUAUAUGGACGAGCAAUAACAGAGCGGCAUGGACUAAGAUACUGUAGAAUAUUAUAGAAUACAGUAUAUACAUAUGAGAUGAGUAAUGCAAGAUGUCAACAUUAUUAGUGACUAGUGUUCCAUUUCUUAAAGUGGCCAGUGAUUUCAAUAGGCAGCAGCAGCCUCUAAUGUGCUAGUGAUGGCUAUUUAACAGUCUGAUGGCCUUGAGAUAGAAGCUGUUUUUCAGUUUCUCGGUCCCAGCUUUGAUGCACCUAUACUGACCUCACCUUCCGGAUGGUGAACAGGCAGUAGCUCGUGUGGUUGAUGUCCUUGAUGAUCUUUUUGGCUUUCCUGUGACAUUGGGUGCUGUAGGUGUCCUGGAGGGCGGGUAGUUUGCCCCCGGUAAUGCGUUGGGAAGACCGCACCACCCUCUGGAGAGCCCUGCGGUUGCAGGCGGUGCAGUUGCCAUACCAUGCGGUGAUACAGCCCGACAGGAUGCUCUCAAUUGUGCAUCUGUUAAAGUUUGUGAGGGUUUUAGGUGCCAAGCCAAAUUUCUUCAGCCUCCUGAUGUUGAAGAGGCUCUGAUGCGCCUUCUUCACCACGCUGUCUGCGUGGGUGGACCAUUUCAGUUUGUCAGUUUGUUCAUUGACCCUUAACAUGUACAUUUAUUAUACAUGUAACAUAAUCAAUAAGUUCUAAUAUAAUGACAGGAAUAUGUUCAUUUCAAGUUAGAACCCAACAAAGGUGAAUGGCUAAAUACACAUGAUUGGUUUCUCUGUACAAUAUUUGUUUCUCCGUUUCACCAUAUAAUACACAUGACUAAGAAAAUGGUCCUCUCUGUCCAGUAAGAUUUUUAUGUUUUCUCUCGUCUUCGGCGCACUCGUUUGGGGAGUAGAAGAAGUAGCAAGAUCUCGAUAGUGCAGUCUUGACUGUUGAAUUUAAUCAGUAUGUUCUCAUGGUUAAGCGUGUCCUUAUUGACACCCCUGAAGUCUGUAAAAUACAGAAUGUCUGGGUGCAAUACAGACACAAUUCUCUGUAUACUGUGUUGAGUACACUGUGUACUGUAUCUGUUGAUUACCAUUGCUGAGAGCCUUUGUUCUCCAGUUAGAUGUUCUACUUAACUCAAUCUAGAACUCUCCUUUGUCUUGUGUUGUGCUGUCCUCCUGGAGAUGUCUGUUGGUGGAGCGAGAGGCAGCCAGGCCCAACUCUCCCCUCACUGACCGGCUGAUCCAGAGAGCCCAUGUCCUGCAUGCCUAG